UUUGACAAACAACGUACGAGAUUUGUGACUCCCAAAUAUGGAAGCGCCCAGGAAAAAUUUUGACAGACAAGCCCUCAAUCUGCCGCUAGUGGCUAGAGUUUCGUAUUGCUGAUAUGGGUUAUAUAUAUAUGAAAUCAAGAUCGAGCUGGCAAUACAGAAAUCUAGAACCUAGGGUAGGGAGAUAGAGAACGAUUAUAUUCCAGUUUGAAGUAGUGAGUGCAGCAGAUCUGCCGGUGGUCUGCGAGUAUACUUGGCCUUGCUGACAUCUUCAGGAGAAUUUAUUGCUAUCAGUAUAGUCAAGUUGUGAAGUGUCUAUAGUCCCAGUAUGAGUAAGAAGACAAUCAUUAUCACAGGAGGCAAUUCAGGCAUUGGGUUUGCAGCAGCCAGAAUCCUGGGUAGAUCAGGAGACAAGUAUACAGUGAUCUUAGCCUGUAGAUCUGAGGAGAGAGGACAGGAGGCUGUGAGGACCAUCAAAGAGGAAAGCCCCAAUGCAGAUGUGGUCUACAUGAAUUUGGACCUGUCAAGUAUGGCAUCUGUUCACAAAUUUGUGGAGAAUUUUCAUGCCAGCGGACGCAGGCUUCAUGUUCUAUGUAACAAUGCAGGAAUGAAUGUGGGCAACACUUCCAACACACCACAGAUUACCCAGGAUGGCUUUGAAGUUACCAUGGCAACAAAUCAUCUGGGUCACUUCCUCCUGACCAGUCUGCUGCUUGAUGACUUGAAAAGUACAGCUCUUAUUGAAGGGGACGCUAGAAUAGUCGUCACUGCAUCACAGUCACACGACAUUGUAAAGGCGAAGUUUAUGGGCACUAAACCAACCAACUGGGAUGAUAUGAACUACACUACAUCCGAUCCCUUCAGUUCCACACAGGCAUACAAGGACUCCAAGCUGGCCAAUGUGAUGUUCACCAGAGAACUGGCCAAAAAACUGGAAGGCACCAAUGUCACUGUCAACUGCUUCUGUCCAGGAGUAACUGGGCGUUACUUUAUCAACCAGGAAGAAGUCACUCCUGCUGCCGAGGCCUUGGAUGAUGAAGCCUGUAAAAAGCUGUGGACCCUCAGUGAACAGAUGGUGGGAGGGAAGAAGGAAGAAAAAGAAUAGAGUGAAGAGAGCCUCCCCCUCCCAAAGUUUACUAUGAAAGAGACUGACACAUCAGCUAAAGAGAUGGGUUUGAUGAAGAAUGAAGAAAAAAGUUGAAAAAUACUAGAAUAACAUUUUGAAAUAUGCUACUAAAGUGACUUUUAAUUAGGCAGACGGCCAUAUUACUUCAUUUUAUAUAUCAUUUCUCCAUAUUGUUUAUCCAGGAAAUGUGCAAACAUCUAGAUGCGAUGCUCAAGCAAAGUUCCAUUUUCUUGGAAAUUCCACGAAUUAUCUGAAUACACUAAGCUUCUUUCAGCUUAGAUUUUUUAGUUAUAAUCCAAGCAGGUCUGGGAGCACUGUCCGUUUUGUCAAAUCAGUGAGUGAUGCAUGUGCUUGUAAUGUCCGCUAAUUUUACACGAGGUUUAUGCAUCGCUAUAUUCUCUUCCUUUAGUGUUUUAUUCUCAACUGAUAGUUUUUAAUCUAUUUUAUUAUUGACCAGUAUUAACAUACAUUCCAUUUUUACAGUUAUUUCGCUUUUUAUUUUUGUUGAUUGUUUGUCAGUAAUGUGUAUAGAUAGAUAGAUAGAUAGAUAGAUAGAUAUACGAACCACCACCGCGGCGCUUAAUUUCAAGGUCGAAUGGGCCAAAAUUUUGUAAAAGUGGGAUUUUUUUGCAAAUUUGUGCCGAUUUUCAGAAACUACACAGACCUUACCUAUAAUAUUCAGGGCAGGUGUUACUCUUCAGGUCAUCUUUUAAUUCACGAGUUUGGGGUAAAUCGGUGCACUUUCACGGAAGAAGCGGCCAUUAGAUGCCGAGAAUGAAAAUUCUCCCUAGUUCUGGAACCGUAAAUGCUAGAGACCUCUUGUUUUUUACAUGUUAUAGAGCUUUUAAAGGGCUGACUUGUUUAGCUGACUGGUUUUUAUUGUGUUAACAAUAUCACCUCAUAACUGGUAAUUUUGCAUAGUGUUCUUUGCUAUACAUUUAAUAAUUUUAUAGAGCAAGGCGUAUGUGACUUGCUAUAAUUUCUGGCGUCAAACGAAGUACAAAUAUUUACAUACUGUUAUUAUAAUAUAAUAUAUAGGGUAAAUAAAAAUAUACUUUUGUGACA